UAUUGGGCCAAUGAGACAAAAUGUAUUUGGGCCCGGCCUUUAAUAUUUCCAUCUCCCCCUUUCAUUUCCACCACUCAUCCAUAGUAUUCUAUCUUCAUUUUCAGCAACCUGAAAAAAAUUAUCUCAUCUCAAAAAGAAAAAAAAAUAAAAAAAAUUCAUAUCAAUGGCGGCUUAUGCAGCUCUGGUUUCUCUUAUGCAGAUUUUGGAUCAGAUCGAGCAUCACCCUUCGCCUCCGAUUUCUAUGGACAAGAAACAAGUUGAAUCUCUCACUGAUAUUGCUGUGUUCUUGCAGGAGUUUCUUGAAGGCUAUAAGUCUCCUUAUGCUGACGGCGAUGAAGCAGAUCCGUCGGAGAUGCGCAUCGCUGAUGCAGUUUACGCGGCUGAAGAUGCCAUCGAAUCUCACAUAGUGGAUCAACUUGUUCCUGCUGAGGCAGCAUCUGCUGGUUCAUCAACAUCUGCAGAGUUGUAUGAUAGUUUGAUGAAGGUGAUAGAGGAUAUGUAUUUGAUCAAGAAACAAGUGAUUGAGAUGGUUGCAGCCAAAGAGCAGCGGAAGACACAAGUCUCAGCAUCUUUAUCUUCAUCUACAAAGUCAUCUUCUCCCUUUGAGCCGAACAGCACAACCAUGGUGGGCUUUGAUGAUGUCAUGCUUCAACUCAUGGAUAAGCUAACUGAUGGACGACACGGUCGCCAAGCCAUCCCAAUUGUAGGAAUGGGUGGAAUUGGUAAGACCUUUCUUGCCAGAAAUGUUUAUGAAAAACCACUUAUUGCUCACCAUUUUGAUAAAUGUGCUUGGGUUACAAUUUCUCAACAAUAUGACACAAAAGAACUUCUUUGUGAAAUUCUAUCUCAAGUUGAUAAAGUAGGGAAGGAAAGGUUGGGUAAAAUGAGUGAAGAUGAAAUAGGAGUAGCACUCCACAAAUGCUUAUCAUAUAGAAGGUAUCUAGUCGUAUUGGAUGAUAUGUGGAGCAUUGAGGCAUGGGACAAGAUACAACUCUAUUUUCCUGACAAUGGUAAUGGUAGUCGGAUAGUGGUGACAACUAGGCUAUCAAAUUUGGGAUAUCAAUUGGAUAAAAAUUAUGGCCUUGAAAUGAAAUUUAUGGAUGAGAUAAGUAGUUGGAAUAUGUUCUGCAAAAUUGUAUUUAGGGGGAAAACUUGUCAUUUGGAAUUGGAGAAAAUUGGAAAGGAGAUUGUGGAGAGGUGCAGAGGACUUCCAUUAUCCAUUGUUGUGAUGGGAGGUCUUUUGGAAAAAAUGGAACCAACAAAAGAAUGUUGGGAAUAUAUUAGGGGAAGCAUAAAUUCAUUAGUGAAUUUAGAGAAUGAUAAACAUUGCUUGAAAAUACUUAAGUUGAGCUACAACCAUUUGGCCGUGUAUCUUAAGCCGUGUUAUUUAUAUUUAGGAGUAUUUGAGGAAGAUUGUAAAAUCCGAGUAUCAACAGUGAUCAAACUAUGGAUUUCUGAAGGAUUUGUAAAACCAAUAAGCAACAAAAGUUUGGAAACAGUAGCAAAAGAGUACUUAGAUGAACUAGUUGAGAGAAAUCUAAUUCUUGUUCACAAGUUGGGGCUUACCGGAAGCAUGAAGUACUUGAAAAUGCAUGAUUUGUUGAGAGACCUUUGCUUGAGAGAAGCUGAAAAAGAGAGGUUUUAUCAUGUGGUAGGCCAACAUAAUCUGUUAGGCACGUCUAGCCAACGCUGUCUAGUUAUCCCGAGAAACACUUCAAAGAAGGAAGUCCUUGAUGCCAUCAGAUCUACACCACAUAUCCGUUCCUAUAUAAGUGAUUAUGAAAGAGAUCAAUUGUUGCCCAAUUUAAGAUUGUUGAGGACAUUGCAAGCAUGCAACAAAUUUUCUCAUACAAAAGAACAUGAGUAUUCCCUGAGAGAAUUGUUCAAGUUGGUUAAUUUGAGGUUUCUUGUUGUUUCUCAUAAAGAAGGUCUCCAACUUCCUUCUUCAAUCAAUCUCCCCUGGAGUCUACAGACAUUAAUUGUUAAAUCUCCAAAAAACAUCAAUGCACCGGUUGAAAUUUGGAACAUUCCUCAACUUAGGCAUGUUCAUUUCUAUGUUUAUGGCUGGAGCACAAGUACCUAUGGAGUAUUGCAUCUCCCAGAUUCUCCUCCUCGUGACAACAUUGUGAUCAUGGAGAAUCUACAAACCCUCAAAGGAGUAAGUAAUUUCAAGUGCGAUGAGAUGAUGCUUCGUAGAGUUCCCAAUAUCAAGAAAUUGGGAAUCAUUUAUAAAGAAGAUGAGGGAAUUGAGUCUCGUGAUGAUGACUAUUGUGUCCACAACAUCGAACGCCUGCAAAAGCUUGAAUCUCUCAGCUGUAAAGGCCAUGGUAGGAGUGGCUUGUUGCAAAAGCUUACCUUUCCACUCUCUCUUAAGAGUCUAACUGUGGAUUUCUAUCAGUAUAAACUGGAAGACAUGCUGGAAAAGAUAAGCGCCUUACCCCUUCUUCAAAAGCUCGAUUUGAGAUGUGGAAGGUCCACAACAGGAAAAUGGGAAACGGUUGAAGGCCAGUUCCCCAAGCUCAAAUAUUUGUCACUUGGCCUGUGUUAUGGCUUGCAAUGGUGGAUGAUGGAGAGCUCCCACUUCCCAUGCCUCGAGCACCUCAACUUUUACAAGAUAUCUUUGAAGGAGAUCCCUGCACAACUAGGUGAAAUUCCGACACUGAAAUCCGUGAGGUUGUAUGAGUGCAGGGAAGAAUCAGCAGUGACAAGCGCGAAGAGAAUGGUAGAGGAACAAGAGGAAUUGCAAGGAGAAGAACAACUAUCUUUUAAAGUUAAAGUUAUCCUCGGCGACGUGUACGAUGAGAACGAUGAGGUGAUGAGCUUAGCAAGUCUCAACUUUAAAAUUGAGUUGUGAGAUCCUUGAAUUGUCAAUAACCAUUUAGAUGUCAGUGUUGCUCCAUAUAUUCCAUGUU